CUUACACCUAAGGCAAGAGCUUGUGUUAGUCUUCCGCCAAAAGACGAAUCCCCGAAAUCCCAAAUUCCCAACGUGGCUUCCCUCCCAUUUAGGUUCAAAUCUGGUGGUGACGGCAAGAUGUCCGGCCCCGUGGCAUCCGCCCACUCUCACCGAGCGACCACCAAGGUCUCCAACAAACCGUUCAAGUCUCGAGCGGCGACAAAAGGGGCUUUGCGGCGGUUGGCAAAAGGCAAAGUGUCAACCGAAUUUGGCCAGCGCAAGACACCUCACCAGCAAGUCAUGUCCAAGCUCGAUCGCCGGAACCAGGCCAAGCAACGGCAACUGGAGAAGCACAAGGAGCAUCAGAGAGAGAAUUCGGUGUUCUCUGCCAAGGAUGGGGCUCCGAGGAACGUCGCCGUUAUCCCCCUCUGCCACGACGGCGACGCCAAAGCUGCGAUUGGCCAUCUGAACGAGUGCCUCGACAUCACAGCCGAGAUAGGGAACGGCUGCGUUAGAGUACCUGUCGACAGAUUCAAACAGAAGGUCCAAUAUAUCCCUCUAGAGCGGGAUCUCUCGGCAUGUCUUGAUGCUGCCAGGGUAGCCGACUUUGUGGUGUUGAUCCUCUCCGCCGAAGUCGAGGUUGACGACCUUGGCGAGCUCAUUCUGCGAAGUGUCGAGAGCCAGGGACUGUCUACCCUCUUUACAGUCGUGCAGGGCCUCAACAAAGUCGAGCCUGCGAAACAAAGAUUGUCGACCCUGGCGUCGCUGAAGAGCUACAUUACGCAUUUCCACCCCGAGCAGGAAAAGUUGUAUAAUCUCGAAAACAGACAGGAGUGCAGCAAUCUGAUGAGGUCGCUAUGCAGUACGACACCUAAGGGAAUUAGGUGGCGAGAUGAGCGGAGUUGGAUGCUCGUCGAGGAGGUCCAAUUCCCAGCCCAAGAUUCUCAGUCGGCCGUUCUUACAGGAGUUGUGAGAGGAAGGGGUCUCAAAGCUGACCGCCUCGUCCAAGUCGGCGACUGGGGCACGUUUCAAAUCGAGAAGAUAACCGCGGCACCGAUCGCGGCGAGGCGGAAGAGGGCCGAAGACAGCAUGGCCGUCGAUGCUGAGGCUCCGGAAGAAAUUCUCGAUACUCCAGGAGAUGAUUGCGAUGACCUGGAGGAGCUUGCGCCAGAGAAUCAUGCCAUAGAUGGUGAUGAGGAUGAGGAUAUGGAUGCCGAUGCGGCCACCACCGUCACAGAGUCCAUGAAAAAGGGGGUCCUGCUCGAUGAUCAUCAUUACUUCUCCGACGACGAAAGUCAUAUACCAAAAACACCGAAGAAGCUACCCAAGGGAACGUCGGCAUACCAGGCAGCAUGGUACCUGGAAGACGAUGUAUCAGACUCCGGCUCCGACCUUGAUGAUCACGAAAUGAAAGACGUAGAGGAGGAACCCGCGAGGCCUGAAGAUGGAAUGGAAGGAUACGCAGAUGAUGCCCAGACUGAAGGUGGACCUUCCGAAUACCCCCAGUCAGUCAAGUUCGAAGAACUCGACGAACUCGACGAUGCUGCGCAGCUGGAGGCGUUCCGAGCCAAGAAGCGAGACGAUGAAGCUCAGGACGAUAUGGAGUUCCCCGACGAAAUCGAGCUUCACCCUAAUGCUCUAGCAAGAGAGCGAUUGCUCAAGUACCGGGGACUGAAGAGCCUGAGGACCAGCCCGUGGAUGGAAGAUGCAGACCGCAGUUUCGAACCAGAAAAUUGGCAACGCUUGUUGCGGAUUCCUGACUAUCAGGCCUCUCGGAUCAAGUCGGUACGGGAAGCAUUAGUCGGCGGCGUCGCACCCGGGACUCGGGUCCAUGUCCAUCUUCGGGCAGUUCCGACUUCACUCCGGGAGUUGUACAACCCCGAUCGGCCGUUGACGCUGUUCUCUCUGCUGCGUCACGAGCACAAGCAAACUUCGGUCAACUUCCUCAUAAAUCUGAGCUCCGACUACCCCGAUUCUAUCAAAUCGAAGGAGGAGCUCAUCAUCCAGUGCGGACCGCGGCGGUUUGUCGUGAACCCUCUCUUCUCACAGGGCGGAAACACGCAAAACGACGUCCACAAAUACUGCAGGUUCCUGCACCCUGGGCAAUCCGCCAUCGCAACGUUCGUGGCCCCGGUUACGUGGGGUGCCGUCCCGACCCUCUUCUACAAGAGGACGGCCCCGGCCAGUGGCUCGGAAGGGGAUGACGGUCCGAGUCCGCCCCUGACAUUGAUCGGAACCGGAACUUCCAUGCAGCCGUCGACGGGCCGCGUCAUUGCGAAGCGGGUCAUCCUCACGGGACAUCCGUACCACAUCCACAAGAAGGUCGUCACCAUCCGAUACAUGUUCUUCAACAGGGAGGACGUCGAGUGGUUCAAGGCCCUGCCGCUGUGGACGAAGAGGGGGCGGAGCGGUUAUAUGAAGGAGGCCCUCGGCACCCACGGCUAUUUCAAGGCAACGUUCGAUGCCAGGAUCAACCCGCAGGAUUCCAUCGGCGUGAGUUUGUAUAAGAGGGUCUGGCCUCGCAACGCAAGACCCUAUUAUGGUUCGUUGUUUGACCCUCCCGCGGAAGCGGCCGUUCGAGAAGAGGUCAUGGUUGAGGAUGUCUCAUAGAAAGUCACGAAGCCCGGGGCUUCCCAAGUCAAAUGAUAUGAUGAAUUCGUAAAGGAAAUUAACCAUGCUGUGUGCGGUGUACGGGAUGUUCUUGUGGGAUUUUUCUUUUUCUUUGUUUUACUUAGCCCCUAAGUCUACCUAGUUUGGCUAGCAGAGCCAUUAUAACAUAUAGUAUGUUUGCAG